AUGACAAAAGACUGUCAAUGCCACCGACUCUUCUACCCGACCUUAAUUAGAUCUUGCUGCUCAUCUAACUAUGUGCACUCCCUCAAGACAAAGACGACGAUUUCGCCGGUCAUAACCACCCUCAGAACAAUCGGAGUGAUGCAAAGGAAAAAGAGAAAAAACGAAGACCUGCUGCUCAGAUCAAAACUCUCGAAGCCUUGCUGCAGUACCAAUGAAAUGGAUUCACAUCCAGGACCCACCGGGAAGCGCACUUUCCCUCAAAACUUUGAAUACGAUUAUCAUCACUUCAAACAACGCCUCUCAUUGAGCUCCGAGCCUCAAUCCUUUCACUUGGUUAGCAACAGAUUUCUCGUCGGAUUAGACUACGACGCUUCAAGGCCCAAAACAGGUAAAUUUGUAAAGCGGAUUAUAACCGAUCAGACCGAGUUGUCACAAGUUUUUUCGAACUCGAACACAUUGAACAACAUUCCAUCGGGUUAUAGCCGAACCAACAAGCGAUAUGGAAAAUCAGUUUAUCAUUCCUGUGACUCUGUGGGCAAAGAGAACUGUGGUGGAUCUCGCGAACAACCCUAUAGCGUUAACAACUCUCGAGAGGUACGAUCGAUCUCAACAGAACAGGAUUCACCAUUUAAUUUGGUUGCUUCGCCGAAAAUCGACAUAACCGAAGAUCAAUUUAUUUUUACCAUGUCUCCGUUCAGCUCGACUCAAACUCUGUCAACUUUCAUGAGAUCGCCAGCCAAUCCCGCCGAGAGUUACAAGUUGGUCAAGAGUUUUGACCACAAGAAGCUCAAGAGCAGGGAUCUAGUCGAAGAAAAUGACGAGGAUCAAGACGAACGCUCGAUCUCUAUCACAUCUGUUUUGCCCAUCGAUAUACCCCAAUCUCAUAAAUCGACUUGA